CUUUUUAGAAUUUUUUAUUAUUAUUUUUUUUGUCCGUUUAAAAAAAAAAAUUUAAAACGGAACUAAUCGCGGAUCGCCACGUGUUGUGGAACCCGCGAAUAGUGUAAGGAUUCACUAAUAAUCAGUCCUUAAUUAAAGAUUUUAAGUAUCCAAUCCUUGACAAAAUGUAAGCUCCACCAAAUAUCUUAAUAUUAUUUUGCUAAAGAUUCUAGUCUAAAAUCUUUCAUUGGAUGUGCUCUAAUGGUGGGCAAGUAUCAUGGUCCUAAUGAUGAUUAUCAUAGGAUCACACAGAGAAGAGGAGUAUCAAUCAAGAAAGAAAUACUUUACCCUUAUCCCUUGCCCGAUUUUGCCGGCGUUUGAGACUUUUCACGUUCGACGGUCAUCUCUUUUUCUUUUAAACAUAUAAACGAAGUUGCACGAGAUCGACUUGGUCAAUGCCACCAAAGCCUCUCUCAUAAACCAACAGAAAACUCAUAAAGUCGUAACUUUCGAGAAACCACACUGCGUUUUAAAUGUUAGAAACCAGUUGUAACUUUAAGCUUUCAAUGAUUACACGCAUGCGUUUCUCUUGCGCGAGCCUUUGAUCUUAAUGCUUUUUAUAAUAAAUACUUCCACCGUUCCUUAAAAUUACAUAUUCUAGAAAAAAAUUUUGUUUCAAAAAAAUCUAUAUUUUAUAUUUUCAAUACAUAUUUUAUUAACUAAUUGCAAAUUUCAAAAAGCUUAAUUGCACUAGUUAAAUUUUUAUUGGUUUAAAAUUAUGGAAAAAAAAUAAACACAAAAAACUAUGCAAAUUUAAUAUGUUUUAUUAAGAUGCGUAAAAAAUGUAGAAUAUAUAACUUUAAGAAACAGAUAGAGUAAUUAACUUCAUAUGAAGUUACGUUAGUGAUUACGUAGACACGCGGAAUAGGUGUCCAAAUCUUCCUUUUGGAGUAAUAGUCUAAUCACAUUUUAUAAUAUUGUAAGCGGAAUUGUGUAUCUUAUUUUUAUCCUUAUAUCUUAUUACAUUUCAAACGCACGAAACAUUUUUCCUGUGCAUUUACUUUUAUAAAGAACCAACAGGCAAAUAACAUCAUCGGACAAUCUUUAACAAACAGCAACAACAAACAAAAAAAAACAGAAAAAUGUCAGAAUAUCUCUCCGAAGAACUAGCCGUCGAAAUUCUCGCGAGGCUAACCAUAAAGGAACUUGCUCGAUUCAGAUGCGUCUGCAAGACAUGGAGAAACAUUAUCGACAGCCGUGGCUUUACCGAAAGGCACCGUGACAUUUCUCCGGUGAAGUUUGUGUCGUUCUACGACAAGGGUUUCUACUUGCUUGACAUGGAAGACAAGCAUCCGGUUAUAGAAACACCUCGUAAGCUUGAUUUCCCUUUGGAUCAUCAGUCGAUGAUCGAUGAAUCCACAUCUGUGCUUCAUUGUGAUGGGACGUUAUGCGUGACCUUAAAGAAUCACUCUUUAUUGGUUUGGAAUCCAUCUUCCAAGCGGUUCAAGAUCGUACCAAAUCCCGGUAUAUAUCGAGAUUCAAAUAUCCUUGGUUUCGGUUAUGAUCCGGUUUCCAACGAUUACAAAAUCGUAACGUUUAUCGACCAGCUUGGUUCUUCCACGGCGCAUGUUUUCGAGUUCAGAACCGGUUGUUGGAGAGAGAGCGUACGGAUUCCUUAUCCUGAUUGGUAUUACAGAGAGAGAAUUGGUGCAUUCUUGGAUCAGUCCCUCUAUUGGAUUGCGUACCGGUCUAAUGUUGACCGGUUCAUCCUAUGCUUUAAUCUCUCGACCCAUGAAUACCGGAAAUUAUCUCUCCCGGUUUACAAUCAAGGUGUCACGUGUUCUUGGUUAGGCGUUACAAGUCAGAAACUUUGCAUUACAGAGGAUGUAUCAUGCGAGCAGAAGAUUUGGACUUCGGUUAUGGAGAAAACCGGGUUAUGGAACAAGAUUGCAAGCCUUUCAAUGUCGAAUUUGAUCUCUAUACAAGACCAUAUCUGCGAUUAUCAAGUAGAGUUCGUGUCGUUUACGAAAAAGAACGAUAUUGUCGUAACAUUCAGUGGGGACUGCGAUAAUGUCGAGAUGGAAGCUGAAAAACGUGUGAAGAUAAAGGUGUUCUUAUACAAAACCGGUGACAAUACAUUUCAACAAGUCCGGUUCUGUAACUCUUUAGCCGGGUUUAGGUUUCUCAGUGAAUAUGUGGAGUCUCCUGUGAUUACUGAUCACAUAUUUAUUUGAAACAAA